AGUGGCUGAGUAUACUUAAAACCUCUAGUUGUUUAUGACUCAGACUUUGCCCUACCAGCUCAGUGGGACUUUCGGUCUUAUGAGAGUUCUCUUUCGUGGCCCCUACUCCAGGUGUUCCAGGUUCGGGGCAAGGAAGCAUAUACAGCCGGCGUGAAGAAGACAGCUGCUCUCCGUGGCGAUCUCCUCAUCACAAAGUUUGGCUUUUCUCUGCAGGCCCAGCAUCAAGAAACAUGCCACAGACCUGAUGAAAAGUUUCCACGGAGAUUUCAUGUCUUUCAUCUCAUUUGGUCUUCAUAAGAAACCACUGAGAGGCCCAAGGUAAAUAAGCUGAAGGCACAGCUGCCUUGAUGGUAACCCUUGAGGAGGAAGUUUGAACGAGGUCCAGGUUACAAUCAGGCAUCCAUUGAACAAAGGCUUCUCCUUCCAGUGUGAGGGUCCUAAGGGAUGGCUAACUGUAUUUCCAUGCAUAGUAUUGUAUGUAGGCACAUGUGACGGUACCUGUGUUCCAUCAGGAAAUGGUCAGAGUACAUUCUCGCGUCCACACUGCUGAAAGAACAGAAUUGAGGUUUCUCUUCUGAAGGAAGCAAAGCAUGAUUAGUAGUACAGCAGAUUCCAUUCUCGGUUUCUCCAAGUACUGUGGGCCAUGAAUCCAGGCCAUUUUCUGUGGACUUUACUGUUCAUGAACCUUUUGUGGCUUCUACCAACUGAUGGGGCCAUUCGAGAAUACUACCUGGCCAUUGAAAAUGUGACGUGGGACUAUGCUCCCAAAGGAAGAAAUGUCAUCACAAACCAGCCUCUGAACAAUGACAUAGUGGCUUCCAGCUUCCUAAAGUCUGGCAAAGACAGGAUAGGGAGUAGUUACAAGAAGACUGUCUAUAAGGAAUACAGUGACGGCACAUACACUGUUGAAGUAGCCAAGCCUGCCUGGUUGGGCUUCCUAGGACCACUGUUACAGGCUGAGGUGGGGGAUGUCAUGCGUAUCCACCUGAAGAAUUUUGCAAGUCGGCCUUAUACUAUUCACCCUCAUGGAGUUUUCUAUGAGAAGGACUCAGAAGGCUCACUAUACCCAGAUGGUUCUUCUGGGUCUCUGAAAGCUGAUGACUCUGUUCCCCCUGGAGGCUACCAUGUAUACAACUGGACUAUUCCAGAAGGCCAUGCACCCACUGAUGCAGACCCAGCAUGCCUCACUUGGAUUUACCAUUCUCAUGUAGAUGCUCCACGAGACAUUGCAACUGGUCUCAUUGGACCCCUUAUCACCUGUAAAAGAGGGACCCUGGAUGGUAACUCCCCACCUCAGAGGAAGGAUGUGGACCAUAAUUUCUUCCUCCUCUUCAGUGUGAUAGAUGAGAACCUUAGCUGGUACCUCGAUGACAACAUUGCUGCUUACUGUUCUGAUCCCACCUCAGUGGACAAAGAAGAUGAAGGCUUUCAAGAAAGCAAUAUGAUGCAUGCAAUCAAUGGGUUUGUCUUUGGGAACUUACCGGAGCUGAACAUGUGUGCGCAGAAACAUGUAGCCUGGCACUUGUUUGGCAUGGGCAAUGAAAUAGAUGUCCACACAGCCUUCUUUCAUGGACAGCUACUGACCGUCCGUGGACACCGCACUGAUGUUGCUCACAUUUUUCCGGCCACCUUUGUGACUGCUGAGAUGGUGCCCCAGAAGUCUGGAACCUGGUUAAUUAGCUGUGAAGUGAACAGCCACUUGAAAAAUGGCAUGCAAGCUCUCUAUAAGGUUGACUCUUGCUCCAUGGACCCACCUGUGGAGCAACUCACAGGCAAAGUUCGUCGAUACUUCAUUGAGGCCCACGAGAUUCAAUGGGACUAUGGCCCACGAGGGCGUGAUGGGAGAACUGGGAAGAGUUUGAGAGAGCCAGGAAGUGGCCCAGAUAAGUACUUCCAGAAGAGCUCUAGCCGAAUUGGAGGUACUUAUUGGAAAGUUCGAUAUGAAGCCUUCCAAGAUGAGAAAUUCCAGGAAAGGGUACAUCAAGAGGAAGAGGCACAUCUUGGAAUAUUGGGACCAGUGAUAAGGGCUGAAGUAGGUGAUACCAUCCAGGUAGUCUUCUACAACCGUGCAUCCAAGCCAUUCAGCAUGCAGCCCCAUGGUGUCUUUUAUGAGAAAGACUAUGAGGGGACCGUGUACAAUGAUGGUACAGCUCAUCCUGGCUUGGUAGCCAAGCCCUUUGAGAAAGUUACAUACAAGUGGACAGUUCCUCCCCAUGCUGGACCAGCUGCUCAGGAUCCUGCCUGCCUUACCUGGAUGUACUUCUCUGCUGUAGAUCCCAUAAGAGAUACAAAUUCGGGCCUGGUUGGCCCUCUGCUGAUUUGCAAGGCUGGCGCCUUGGGUGCAGAUGGCAAGCAGAAAGGAAUGGAUAAAGAAUUUUUUCUCCUCUUCACCGUGUUUGAUGAGAACAACAGUUGGUACAGCGAUGCCAAUCAAGCAGCUGGUAUGUUGGAUACCCGACUGCUCUCAGAGGAUGUUGAGGGCUUCCAAGAUUCCAAUCGAAUGCAUGCUAUCAAUGGGUUUCUGUUCUCUAAUCUGCCCAGACUGGACAUGUGCAAGGGUGAUACGGUGGCCUGGCACCUGCUUGGCCUGGGCACAGAGACUGAUGUGCAUGGGGUCAUGUUCGAGGGCAACACUAUCCAGCUUCAGGGCAUGAGGAAAGGUGCAGCCAUGCUCUUUCCCCAUGCCUUUGUGAUGGCUGUCAUGCAGCCUGACAAUCCUGGGACAUUUGAAAUCUAUUGUCAAGCAGGCAGCCACAGAGAAGCAGGGAUGAGGGCAGUUUAUAAUGUCUCCCAAUGUUCUAGUCGUCAAGAUAGCCCACGCCAACACUACCAAGCUUCAAGAGUCUACUACAUCAUGGCAGAAGAGGUGGAGUGGGAUUAUUGCCCUGACAGAAGCUGGGAACUGGAAUGGCACAACACAUCUGAGGAGGACAGUUAUGGUCGUGUUUUCCUGAGCAACAAGGAUGGGCUCCUGGGUUCCAGAUAUAAGAAAGCUGUAUUCAGGGAAUACACGGAUGGUACUUUCAGGAUUCCUCAGCCGAGGUCUGGACCAGAGGAGCACUUGGGAAUCCUGGGUCCACUUAUCAGAGGAGAGGUUGGUGAUAUCUUAACUGUGGUGUUCAAGAAUAAUGCCAGUCGACCAUAUUCUGUGCAUGCCCAUGGAGUUCUAGAGUCCAAUACUGGCUGGCCACAGGCUGCUGAGCCUGGUGAAGUACUUACUUACCAGUGGAACAUCCCAGAAAGAUCUGGUCCUGGACCUGGUGAUUCUGCUUGUGUUUCCUGGAUUUAUUAUUCUGCAGUGGAGCCCAUCAAGGACAUAUACAGUGGCCUGGUGGGACCUUUAGUCAUCUGUCGAAAGGGCGUCUUGGGACCCCAUGGACACCGGAAUGAUAUGGACCGGGAAUUUGCCAUGUUGUUUUUGAUCUUUGAUGAGAACCAAUCUUGGUAUCUGGAGGAGAAUAUCGUAGUUUAUGGGUCACAAGAGACAAAGCGUGUUGACCUACAGGAUGAGACUUUUGUGGAGAGCAAUAAGAUGCAUGCCAUCAAUGGGAAACUCUACGCUAAUCUCAAGGGUCUUACCGUAUACCAAGGAGAACAAGUAGCCUGGUACAUGCUAGCCAUGGGUCAAGAUACUGACAUUCACACUGUACACUUCCAUGCGGAGAGUUUCCUCUAUCAGAAUGGACACAGUUACCGGGCAGAUGUUGUAGAUCUUUUCCCAGGGACAUUUGAGGUUGUGGAGAUGGUAGCCAGCAACCCUGGCACAUGGUUGAUGCACUGCCACGUGACUGACCAUGUUCAUGCAGGCAUGGAGACCAUCUUUACUGUCUUGUCUCAUGGAGAACAUUUAAGUACUAUGACUACCGUUACCAAAGAGAUUGGAAAAGCAGUGAUCCUAAGAGACAUUGGAGAAGACAGUGUGAAGCUGCUGGGCAUGAAGAUUUCCAUAAAGAAUGCUGAGAUUCUGUCUUCUGUUUUGAUUGCCAUAAGUGUAAUUCUUCUUCUUGUUGCUCUGGCUCUUGGUGGCGUAGUCUGGUACCAGCAUCGACAAAGAAAGCUUCGGCGCAACAGGAGGUCUAUUCUUGAUGAUAGCUUCAAGCUUUUGUCUCUCAAGCAGUAAUAGCUGAAGCCCGAAGAUAUCUUCAGAAAACACAUCUGGAAUGUAUCCCAUGCUCCCAGGAAGCCGUGUACUAGCAGGAAACUCUUUUGUCAAGGGGUAGGGGUAGUGGAAAGGCAGAGGAUGGAAUCAAAAUUAUUUGGCCAUUUCUUUAUUUAUUUACAUGGAAAUCAUAUGCUCUCACUUUUUCUUAAUUUUCCUUGCAACCUGAGGCAGUUAGGAUUAGGUAAGUUCCUUUGUAUACAAAUGUCAGUAGCUAGGAUAUGUUACCCUUCAGUAUUGUACCAAAAUUCCUAGAACGUAAUCGUUCUCACAGAAUAGAUACCAAGAAGGUAUCUAAUUAGGCUUUUAUUUCCAGAACCUAGCUGGAAAGUAUACUUUUAAUUGAAGCCAAAUGAUGAGCCACAAAGAUAACCCAUAACUAAAUAGAGGACCAAGAACAUAAGCAUUAUGGAAAAUGAGAGGUAGCGUGGGGAGUAGGAAUCGAAAUUACUCUUUAAUUAUCUCUGACAAUGGACUAUUUAGGUGAAAGAACUGUGGUUGUUAUGAGUACCUACAAACUCUGGAACCAGAAACACCUGUAAAACAGCUCUUCAGGUUUCUCCACAGUGGUACUGAAGCGACUUUGGGGUGAUCUCUGCAUGUUUGAGGUAGUGAAUCGUAUCCAUUAAAGUACUUAUUAAAAGAUUGGAACACUGGA